AUGGCCUCUCUAGGAGCUAAGUUGCGUUUCAUGAUCACUGCGGGAGUGGGAUUCUUCGCAGACGGCUAUCUUAACUUGACAAUUGGACUAGUGGUCCCGAUUCUGGGAUAUCUCUAUUUCCCGGAUGGCAGCGUCUCUGCAGUCGAUAGCGAUGUCAUCAAAGGAGGCCUUAGUCUGGGUAUGGUGAUUGGCCAACUUCUUUUUGGCGUGCUCAGUGAUACCUGGGGCCGCCACAAAAUCUAUGGGAAGGAGUUGCUGUUGACUAUCUUCGGAACUCUACUGGUGAUUCUGCUGCCAUGGAAAGGCAUGACUCCACGAUCAGUAACCGCCUGGGUGACGAUGUUUCGCGUUGUGACCGGCGUGGGGAUCGGAGCUGACUACCCGCUUUCCUCUGCGCUGGCUGCAGAGAAAUCACCGUUUGGCUCUCGAGCUAUCCAGGUACUGGCCGUUUUCUCGAAUAUUGGCCUUGGAAAUAUCGCCGCCAGUAUCGUCUUCUUGGUCCUACUUAAAGCAUUUGAGGGCUCGGUUGCCGAUAAUAUAAAUCACCUCGAGUGGGUGUGGCGACUAUUGCUGGGCAUUGGCAUCAUUCCUGCUGUUUUCACGCUCUAUGCCCGGUUGACUAUCGCCGAGACAUUGCCAUACAAACAAUACGUAUGCGAUGAGAAUACAGGGCAAAAACGGGGCUUCAAACAACAAUGGAGAGAUUUCCGAGAAUACUUUAGUCACUGGAAGCACGCAAAAGUGCUCAUUGCAACUGCAGCCUCCUGGUUCCUAUUUGAUAUUGCAUAUUACGGAAUCAACCUCAACCAAAGUGUGAUCCUGACCAGAAUCGGAUAUGCCAAAGGAGCCACUCCGUGGCAGACCCUUUAUAACACCGCCAUUGGUAACAUAAUUGUCCAGGCUGCGGGCUAUCUUCCAGGAUUUUACGUUGGCAUUUUUCUCCCCGAUUUUAUGGGCCGAGUCCGCCAGCAGUUAUAUACAUGUGGUACUGUGUGCGUUCUCUACGCGAUCUGGGCUGGGAUCAGUUCUCCUGGCGCUCACACCUCCACUGGAGGAUUGAUGGCAAUUUUUGCGAUCUCCCAGUUCAUCCUCACAACCGGUCCCAAUACAACCACAUUUCUGAUCCCCGCAGAGGUGUUUCCAACACGGGUUAGGGGUACAGCCCAUGGUAUCUCUGCCGCUGCUGGUAAAUGCGGCGCUAUUCUGACAGCAUUUGCUUUUGGGACCGUUGAAGAUGCGAUCGGUCUUUCAGGUGUACUCGGCCUAUUCUCUGGUGUAAUGUUACUUACCACGCUGGUCACGUUCUUAAUCCCGGAGACGAGAAACCAUACACUUGAGGGAAUUGAAAGGGGUCAUUUGUAUGGCGAUCAUGAUGGUUUUAAGGGUGAUGAUUCCCCUGUGGGUGUUAUUACACAGGUGCAUGUCAACACGACCGGCCCUGGCUCUACCGAUAAAGUGAUCUAA